AUGGAGGUCGUGUGGGCCGUGGGGCAGCUGGGCGCCGUCUGGCUGGCGGUGGUGCUGGGGCUCGUCAUGCUGCCCUCGGCGCUGGGCAUCUCGCUGGGUAUCUCCGAGGCCUAUAUGUGGGUGCUGGUGAAGACGCUGGAGUGGGCCACAAUCCGGUUACAAAAAGGUGCCAAAAAGCUGCAGCCGCAGAUGCCACGGACUCCUACUGCUAAUGGUAUCAUUGAAAGGGAUGAAACACCUAUGGAGAAAGAAAUCACCCUUCUGCAUCGAGCAGACUUCGAAUUCUCCCACAUUUUCUACUUCUGCAGAAGGUUUGAGGCCAUUGUGGAAGAUGAAGUCACUCAACGAUUUUCCUCAGAAGAGCUGCUCUCCUGGAAUCUGCUCACAAGGACUAAUGUCAACUUCCAUUACAUCAGCCUGAGGCUGACUGUUGUGUGGGUCAUUGGGGUGAUAGUGCGGUAUUGCUUCCUGCUGCCCCUACGCUUUACCCUCGCUGCCAUCGGGAUUACGUCCAUGAUUGUGGGAACAACAGCAGUGGGACAGCUGCCAAAUGGCAGUGUGAAGAACUACCUGAGUGAAGUGGUUCACCUCACAUGCUCCCGCAUCCUCGUCAGAGCUCUGUCUGGUACUAUCCAUUACCAUAACAAGGAAAACAGACCUCAGAAAGGAGGAAUUUGUGUUGCCAACCAUACGUCACCGAUAGAUGCGAUCAUUUUGACAAAUGAUGGAUGCUAUGCAAUGGUGGGUCAGGUUCACGGUGGGCUGAUGGGCAUUAUCCAGCGAGCCACGGUCAAAGCCUGUCCUCACGUCUGGUUCGAGCGCUCCGAGAUCAAGGACCGCCAUCUAGUGACAAAAAGACUCAGGGAACAUGUGGCAGAUAAAAGCAAGCUCCCGAUCUUAAUUUUUCCAGAAGGCACCUGCAUAAACAAUACAUCUGUGAUGAUGUUCAAGAAGGGGAGCUUUGAAAUAGGAGGGACUAUCUAUCCUGUUGCAAUCAAAUAUGAUCCUCAGUUUGGAGAUGCCUUCUGGAACAGCAGCAAAUAUAACAUUGUGAGCUAUCUGCUGCGAAUAAUGACCAGCUGGGCCAUCGUUUGCAAUGUGUGGUACUUGCCACCAAUGGUUAGAAAGGAAGAUGAAGAUGCUGUUCAGUUUGCCAACAGAGUGAGGUCAGCCAUUGCUCGCCAAGGAGGACUGACUGAGCUCCCCUGGGAUGGAGGUCUGAAACGAGCAAAAGUCAAAGAUACUUUCAAAGAAGAACAGCAGAAAAACUACAGCAAGAUGCUAGUGAGAAAUGGCUCAGUAGGAAGCUUGUCUGCAGAAACUGAGUCAGACUGAAUGGUGAUUCUUGAAAAGUAACUUUGCACAACCAGCCUUAGCAGGAAUAAUGUGUUUUUUUAAUCAAAAAACCCCAAAAAAACCAAAAAGACAAAAAAUAGAGCAAGAAAACAA